AUUCUGUGUUGACAACUGUCAAAAUUUACUAUAGCUACCAACAUACCGGAUCUAAUCAUACCGUGGCCAGUAUUGCGUUCAGUCGAAGCUUCAUAAGCUAAAUUCAUUCAUUUAUCCCAAAACGCCAAGAACAUUAGUGUGUACGUGACCUGAUUUGACUUAUGCAUCUUCAACUGCUCGUGAAGGGAUUUUGUUGGAAGCGCAUCAUCUCGUCGGCCAUUUUACUGAUAAUGUUUUCACAUUGUUACGAAAGAUUUCUCGCGUGCUGUUAAUUAAAACAACGGACUAAAACUUGUGAUAUACAGUGAAUUUUGAUAAACAGUGUAUACGCUAAUUGACGUUAUUAUGGAAAGUGAUUUGAGACUGGAGUGAAUGAUGAAAUUGUGUUGAUUUUGGGACUCGGAAGUGUGUCUAAAAAAACACCAUGUCGACGGCAGGAGAGGAUUCUUGCAGCAGUGGGGGUGUUCCAACCAUUCAGACAUUUCGUCCUACCUGGGAUGAGUUCAAAGAUUUCAACAAAUUCAUCCAAUAUAUGGAAUCAAAGGGAGCCCACAAAGCUGGUCUUGCGAAAGUAAUACCUCCGCCCGAAUGGGUCCCCCGCAAGGCUGGAUACGAUCUUAAUGACCUAAACAUAACUAUACCCUCUCCGAUAUGUCAAGUGGUGACCGGCAAACAAGGUUUGUUUCAACAAAUCAACAUACAGAAGAAAGCUAUGACAGUGAAGCAGUUUUCGAUCCUGGCUAACUCCGCGAAGUACUGCACUCCGCGACACUCUAGCUACGAGGAUUUAGAAAGGAAAUACUGGAAAAACGUUACUUAUGUGGCUCCGAUCUAUGGCGCUGAUGUCAAUGGCAGUAUUACUGAUCCAGAUGUGAAAGAAUGGAAUAUCAAUCACCUUGGGACCAUUCUUGACUUCGUCAACUCUGACUAUGGCAUUGAAAUAGAUGGCGUCAACACAGCAUACCUUUACUUUGGUAUGUGGAAAACUACAUUUGCUUGGCACACUGAAGACAUGGACCUGUACUCAAUAAACUAUUUGCACUUUGGAGAACCAAAAACAUGGUACUGCAUUCCUCCGGAGCAUGGGAAACGCUUUGAGAGAAUUGCCUCUGGUUUCUUCCCGACAUCAGCCAAGACUUGCCAAGCCUUUUUAAGACAUAAGAUGACCUUGAUCUCACCACAAAUCCUGAAACAGUAUUCGGUUCCGAUAAACAAAAUAACCCAAGAAGCGGGAGAGAUAAUGAUAACAUUCCCGUAUGGCUACCACGCCGGCUUCAACCAUGGUUUCAACUGUGCUGAGUCAACUAACUUUGCUGCUCCGAGAUGGGUUGAAUAUGGAAAACGAGCUACUCAAUGCACCUGCAGCAAUGACAUGGUCAAAAUAUCCAUGGACACUUUUGUGAAGAGAUUCCAACCUGACAGAUAUGAGCUAUGGCUCAAAGGUCAAGACAUCGGCUGCCACCCUGAACAACCUGAAAAGAUGGUCCCUGCUCCACAUCCUUCAGGCCAAGACAUAUUAUGCAAUAAGAACAACACAGAGCUACCAGAGUCAUUUAUUGAGGCUGAAGAGGAAGGCUUAAAGAAAAAGAAGCGCCACCCACUUCAUCUCAAAAGAGCUAUGGCUAGUAAAAGCAUUUCUGAAGGUGCUAUCGCUGUGUCCAUUCUUGGAGAAGAUGUCAUGGAUGAUGCAGAAAUGACCAUGGCAGAAGGAGAUCUAGACAUGAUGACUUCUAUGAAGCGUAGACAUCUGCCAAUGGAACCAGACGACACUCAACUUGAUGCCCUAGAAGAUAUCUGGCUGAAAGGAGAUGAAAUGGACCCAUCUGAAGCCCAGUUACCUGACAUUGGCUAUAUUGACUCUGAUAGAGACUCGGAUUAUGAAGAGCCAAAAAGCAAGAAAGAAAAAGCCAAAGAGCAAAAAGGGAAAGGCAGAAAGAGUUGUGGUAAGAAAGAGACUAAACCUAAAGUUAAGAGCGAGCCAGAAAAAGAAGAAGAAACUGGUGAGGAGAAAAAGAAACCUGCGCCUACUCCAAAACCAAAAGGAGGUCGUAAGGUGAAGACCAAGAAACUGUCAAGUGAGCAACUGGAGGAUAUGGCAGCUCUUGUGUCCAGCUGGGAGUCACCACCACAUGAAGAGGCUGUUGCCAGUCCUAAAACAGAGGAGAAGUCUGAACACCCUGGAGAUCCACUACAAUUAGGUCCACAAUUGCCACCUCCUACUAAUAGUGAGGCUACAGCCCCACCAGUGAAAAAAGAAAGAAAGAAGCGAAAACCUGCAGCAGAAAAGCCAGAUAAAGAAGAAAAACCAAAAAAGGAAAAGGUCAAGAAAGAACCUGUAAAAAGAACUCCUAAACCGAAGAAGGAACCGGUUGAAGGCGAAGCUCCACGCAAGCCCAGAAAACCACGAACACCCAAAAAGAACCCUAACUUUGCAUACAACUCCCCAUUAGAACCUAUAAUGUCUAGUCCAAAAAUGUAUGCCCAUCACAACCCACCAAAAGCUUACCCACCAAACCAACCAAAUCAUAGGACCUACACAAUUCUACCACAGAAUCUGAACAGUACAGAAUAUGGCCAGAAACCUGUUUCAAAGGAGACUCCAAAGUCUUCAGCACCGUCCACAGUCAUAAGCACGCCAGUGAAGACGUACACCAGCACAAUAAUCGACCAACAACGCGUCCCUGCAGUUGUCCAGCCUAUCAAGAAGGACCCAAAUGAGUUUGUGAAUGAAUUCCAAAAAUUCUUGACACAGACGAACAAAUCUCCGCCUUUCCGCCAAAAGCAGCGGAAGCCGGCAGAAAAGCCUCCCCAGAAGCCUAAAACUCCAGAAAAACCAGCCGAAUGGCCUCAGCCUGUCGCCCAAUACAAUGACAACAUGUUUAUGGAGAACCCUGUCGAUUUCCGAACAGCCAUGCAGAAUGCAGCUGAAAGAUUGCAACCGACACAACAGCAGUUAUCUGCCGACCGAUCUCAGUGGCGACCAGAGCUAUUCUACCAGCAGAAUAUGCAGCAACCACCGCAGAACUACCCGCCUAUGUAUGGACAACUACCAUCACAGUCACCAUACUACAGACCUUUUCACACACCAUACUAUGGUUAUCCGGCAUGUCUGAACGUGUUGACAAAGCAGGAGGCGUCACCUAGCGUGGAAAAAGAAGAAGUAAAGGUGGAAGUCGAGCGGUUUAUAGACCUGGCUAGGCAGAUGGAGGCGUUCUUCCUUCAAAAAAGGUUCCUCUUGUCAGCGAUGAAACCCGAGCUCCUAGUUCGCGAGGACAACAACGAGUUGAAAUGUGAGCUGCAGCGGAAAGAAGAACUACUUCGACGGCAUUACGACAAAAUCAGCCAAUGGCAGACUUUGCUGGCCGAUCUACAGGGCCACGCGGUAUACAACAAAUGUCAAACGGCACCCCCCCUACAGCAAGCGGCUUCUCCAAUGCAGCCCUGCGGAGUGCAACAAAGUGUACAGGCUCAACAGAUGGCAGCAGCGGCCGCGGCGCAGCAAGCAGCACUGCAGCAGCAGGCGCUACAGCAGCAACAGGUACCGCGCCCGCCGCUCCCACCCGCAUACCCCGCCGUGCCCCGGCGGUAGCGAAAACCUAUAUAUCGACUCCUUACUGAUCAAACACUGCAUUAGGCCUUAAACAUACUUGUAAAUUUUACUCACGUUAGAAGGGACAAUGCUAUUUGAUAGAGUGAGAUGGCAACAGCAGGUACCGCGCCCGCCGCUCCCGCCUGUCUACCCCGUUGUAUCCUGGAGGUAGCGAAAACCUAUAUAUCGACUCUUUACUGAUCUAACACUGCAUUAGUCCUCAAAUAUACUUGUAAAUUUUACUCAUGUUAGAAAGGCACUAGGCUAUUUGAUAGAAUGAGACGGUAACAGCAGGUACCGUGCCCGCCUACCCCGCUGUGCCCCGGCGGUAGCGAAAACCUAUAUAUCGACUCCUUACUGAUCUAACACCUCAUUUGGUCUCAAAUAUACUUGUAAUUUUUACUCAUGUUAGAAAAGACAUAGCUAUUUGAUAGAAUGAGAUAGCAACAGCAGGUACAGCGCCCGCCGCUCCCUCCCGCCUACCCCGCUAUGCCCCGACGGUAGCGAAAACCUAUGUAUCGACUCCUUACUGAUCUAACACCUCAUUUGGUCUCAAAUAUACUUGUAAUUUUUACUCAUGUUAGAAAAGACAUAGCUAUUUGAUAGAAUGAGACGGCAACAGCAGGUAAAGCGCUGGGCGCUCCCGUCUGUCUACCCCGCUGUAUCCUGGAGGUAGCGAAAACCUAUAUAUCGACUCCUUACUGAUCUAACACCUCAUUUUGGUCUCAAUUAUACUUGUAAUUUUUACUCAUGUUAGAAAAGACAUAGCUAUUUGAUAGAAUGAGACGGCAACAGCAGGUACAGCGCCCGCCGCUCCCUCCCGCCUACGCCGCUAUGCCCCGACGGUAGCGAAAACCUACAUAUCGACUCCUUACUGAUCACCUCAUUACGCCUCAACACAGAAAUAGGACGGAAGAUCGGACAUGCUGUGCGUUUUGUAAUGAAUACGGCUGUCGU